CCCACGCAUUAAAGAGGAGCAGGAGGAGCUGUGGAGCAGUCAGGAGGAGGCUGAUACCACCAGGUUUCAGUUCACUGGUGUCCAUGUGAAGAGUGAAGAUGAUGAAGAUGUCCAGCAACUGUUGGUGGUUAAAGAAGAGGUUCCCCCCUCCAUUGUGGGGCAGGAGGACCCAGGACCCCCACGCCUUAAAGAGGACGAGAAGGACCCAGGACCCCCACACCUUAAAGAGGACGAGAAGGACCCAGGACCCCCACACAUUAAAGAGGAACAGGAGGAACUGUGGAGCAGUCAGGGGGAAGCAGCUGGGAAUCCAGAUCAAUAUUUACGACCUGACACUGAAAACAAAACUUCAGACUGUUCAGAGUUUAAGACUGAAGUCAGUGAUGAUGACUGGAUGGAGAACAGAGAACUUCAGUCUGUUUUAAACUCCCUGAAGAUCAUCAAAGUCCCUUUCGGUGAUUCGAGAUGUAAAACUGUAAAGAAAACGUACAGCUGCUCUGAAUGUGGGAAGACCUUUGGUCGUAGUCCACAUCUGAAGAUACACAUGAGAACUCACACAGGAGAGAGACCGUUCAGCUGCCCUUUCUGCAACAAAAGUUUUACACAAAAAGUCAAUCUGACGUAUCACAUGUCUGUCCACACAGGAGAAAAACGGUUCAGCUGUCGGUUCUGUGAUGAAAGAUUCACCUGGUACACUCAACUCAAGAGUCAUCAGUGUGUGUGUGAGUCUUCGCAGUGUCGUCAGAGUCAAACUGACGACAACAGAGACGCAGAGACAGGAGACAAAUCUUUCAGCUGCUCCGAGUGUGGGAAAAUAUUCAGCCGAAAGGACAACCUCAACAUCCACAUGAGGAUCCACACAGGAGAGCGACCAUUCAGCUGUUCCGUCUGCAGUAAAAGUUUCAAACACGGAGGACAUCUGACACAACACAUGUCCGUCCACACUAAGGAGAACAGGUUUAGCUGCAACGUUUGUGGCAAAAGGUUCACGUGGCUUUAUCAGCUCAAGAGACACAAGUGUGGCGGAGAAUCAGCUCAGCAUCCCAAACUGUGGGUCAGUCAGGAGGGAGAGCAGCUUCAAGGUCUGGAGGAGGCUGAUAUCACCAAGUUCCCAUUCACUCCUGUCCCUGUGAAGAGUGAAGAUGAUGAAGAGAAACCUCAGUCCUCACAGCUUCAUCAAAGACUAACUGAACAGAUGGAAACAGAAGCUGAUGGAGAGGACUGUGGAGGACCAGAACCAGACAGGAACUCACAUCCAGAUACACAUUUACAGACUGGAGUCUCCUCUGAGUUUAAGGCAGACUUCAGGAGUGGUGACUUGAGAGAACCUCAGUCUGGUUUAAACUUUGGAUGUAACAGCAGCAAGAAAACGUUCAGCUGCUCUGAUUGUGGAAAAAUAUUUGGCCGAAAGGAACAUCUGCAGACUCAUGUGAGGAUUCAUACAGGAGAGAGACCGUUCAGCUGCUCUGACUGCGGUAAAACAUUUGGAUGUAAGAGGUCACUGUUGGGCCACAUGACGAGUCACACAGGAGAGAAACCGUUCAGCUGCACUCAGUGUGGGAAAAGAUUUGGCCGUAUGGUGAAUCUGAAGACUCAUGAGAGACUUCACACAGGAGAGAGACCGUUCAGCUGCCCGUUUUGUGGCAAAGGUUUCACACAAAAGGUUCACAUGACUCAACACAUGGCUGUCCACACAGGAGAAAAACAGUUUAGCUGCAGCGUUUGUGACAAAAAGUUCACGUGGCUUUCAGGGUUCAGACGACACAAGUGUGGCAGCGAUCCGUCAGAACUUGACGAGAACAAAACUGAGGAGAAUGUGGAGGCAGAACCAGGAGAGAAACUGUUUCGCUGCUAUCAGUGUGGCAACAGAUUUAAUCACAAGCACAACCUGAAGGCUCAUAUGAGAAUUCACACAGGAGAAAAACCGUUCAGCUGCUCUGUUUGCUCGAAAGGCUUCACCGCGAGUGGAGCUCUGAAGAAACACCUGAGGACUCACUCAGGAGAGAAACCAUUCAUCUGCUCCGUCUGUGGCAUCCGAUUCACGCAGGGAGGGAACCUGAAACGACACAUGGCUCAGCACACAGGAGAGUCACGGGAGAAACCAUUCAGCUGCCGCGUCUGCGGCAAAACCUUCACACAGGUGUCCAACAUGAAGCGACACCUAGCACAGCACGCCGCCACCCAAACAGGAAGUGAAGCUGUGAGCAGUUCACAUGUGACGCAGGAUCAGCAGGAAGAAACUGACUGCAAACCACCCGAAAACUGAUCCCAUAUCUGACCCCCAAUACGUUUCUCAAAUUGGCCAAGCCGUACCGGCGCUGGAUGGUCUGGACAGAUGGCGAUGGUGGUAUCAUUUAUAUCUGCAGUAAUCGUUCAGAUAUAGUCGUCAGAUACGUAUGACAGGUGAUGGAGGUGAGAUAUUUUAAUGUUUGACAAUAAACUUUAUCAUCAAAAAAUGACAACAGUCCACUGAAAAAGUAAACUUUGUUGGGAAUUUGAAGUCUGAAUUACUCUCAGCAUCUUUUUUGUUAAAAAUUAACUUUCAUACGGUUCAUAUCGGACAACAUAUAACCCAAUAAAACCGUAUCCCAUAAAAUCAGCA